UCUGCGCCGUCGUUCGAUGCUGCCGCUGUUGCUGGCAUAAUUCGCGACCGCAACGUAAUUUGUUUUGUGCCUUUCAACCAGACGGAUGAUAUUUUCGCUGACUACACGAGUGUAUGUAGCGCGUUUUUUUCUCAUUGUUUAAUGUCUACAACAAAUUAUAAUUUAAUAUUUUUCGCUUAUAAAGGGCAUCCAGUACUCUGCUAAAGUUGUAUGAUUUGCAAUAAAUAUUCCUGUGAAACAUUUUGUCGUUGUUGUAUAUGUACUUAUUAUUGUUUGUGCCUCCGCAGUGGAAGUAAAUUGCAAAAAGUUUGUGAAUAUUAAUUAAGUAUUUUGGCAUAAUUGAACAGAAAAAACGAAAGAAAUCUGUGAAAAUUUUCCACCCACAUUGGUGUUUGUCAAAACGCAGCGAAAAAGCUUUGGCAGCGCUACCCGUAGUUGACAGCGGCGCUGUGAAAGCGAGCAAGACAGCAAGUCUGCGUACAAAUUAAAAGAAAUUUGCAGUGCAAAAAGUGACUUGGUGUGUGUGCGUGUAUGUGUAUUUUUGCAAACAUCGAAAUAGAAAACGAAAAUCGCUUUGAAAGUUGUAAAAAUACAUGCAGCCACAAAAUAAAAACAAAAAACUUACCUAUAUAGUGUAUAUAAAAACCGCAAUAAAAUAUUUAAAGCAAUUAGCUACAGCGACUGGCAUUUAUUUGUGCGCUGUCGGAAAAAACAAACAGAUAAAACGAUACAAAAACAAAGGCACCUCUAAUUACAAACUAUUGCAAAUUGCUUAUUAGAAAUACACACACGUUUCGGCUGACUACAGAAAUUAAAUAUGAAAAGAUACUAUUUCUAAAUGUAAUAUACAUACAUACAUAUAUAUUCAGACAAUCAUAGCAACAAUUUACAUGAAUUAUAUACAGUUUAACAAACGAAACGGACAAGUGCAAGCGAAUAUCAGCGAUACGAAUUCGUAACUAUCCGAUUGCAAACUCAUUGACCGCAUACCGAGUAACCGCUACUUGUGAGCACAACACAACACAUACGACACCAAUCGUAUUGUGGAGAGCAGUGUCAUCAGCAGUAGCAGUGUACGAAAACCGAAUACACGCGUGCUUUUAAGUUGUGUGAAACACACAUCAAAAGUGGAGGCAGCGGCAGUCAGAGCGUCGAAUCAGUGGGAGUGCUUGUGUGUGUAAAUGACUGUUUGAAAAGCGAGUAGGAGCAAAAGUGUAGUAGGCCAAAUAGAGAGGAAGCGGAGACUUUACUGAAGAGGCGGUACUACACAUAAGCAACCGAUUGAGCAUUUAACGAGACGGUGAAACAGCAAUCAACUUUGACUAUUUUAAUAAUGUCGCCGGAUAAUCCUACACAGAUUUUAACCACACAUGAUUUGACCAGCUUACGCACCCUACAGCGUGUGAUCAACACCAACAAUAACAAUACAGCUGUUGACGACAACGCCAAUUAUAACAGCCACGGUCACAACAACAACAACAACACUACUCGCAAUCACAAUUUCAAUCUCGGCCACAAUAGCAAUAUCAUCACAAACGGCAUACAUAAUCAUCACAACAACAGUAACGGCAACGCCAGUGGCGGUAAUCUUGUCUUCUCCACCAUCCCACUCGACGGCCACGCCCUGUUCAUCCAACCUUCGCACCUGUUGCCCGCGAACGCUGCCGCUUCGCUCACCAGUAAGGGUUUGCAACAGGCUACGCAAACGCGCGGCCUGGUCACAGCAGCAACAAAUGGUUUACGCACCGUUAAUAGCAUUAACCAUAGCAACAUUAGUCCCGCCGUCAGCAACGCUACCAGCUUUAUCAGCAGCAGUAGCAACAGCAGCAGCAGCACCAACAACAACAACAACAGUAAUAAUAGUUUAAAUAGUUUUCUUGCCAAAGCAACCAUACUGAGCGCAAACCUCAGUAACGGUAAAGCAGGCGGUAAAAUCUUCAGCACCGGUGGCACAACUUUCAGCAGCAACACUAAUAACAUGCCCACCACAUCCAAAUAUGUUUUAUUACAGCCCAAUGGUAAUGGACAGUUUACCACCUACGAAGGUCCAACGCCAGCGGCGGCAGCAGCCGCAGCAGCAAACGGCAAUGUGGCAGCGCCCAGCGUGGGCAACAUAGUGUUGCUUGCCACCGAACCGAUGGACUUGAAUGGUAGUGCCGCGGUGAGUGGAGAUGCCACUGCUGUUGGGCGUGUCAUUGCCACAACAACUAGCGUUACGGGUGAUAAUGAUGAGGAGCUACGAUCAUUAGCGUGGCUGAAUGACAGCAAUUUGAUUAAAGGCAUAGUGACUACGAGUUCGGCGGGUGGUGCCGCCGGCGCCAAUGUAAAGCGGGGUGGAGCAGCGAAUAGCGGCAAUAUUUGCAUAGUGAGCGCUAGCAAUGCGCAUGAGCUGAUCGAGGAGCUGCCACAUCAUGUGGGCAGCGAAGAGGUGACCACCACCACGCCCAGUGGCAAUGUCAGCACUACAAGUGCUGGCAUAAGCAAUAAUACUAAUAAUACCAACAACAACAUCACUACACCAACUGAGCUGAAAGCCAGCACACAAAUAACAGCGCUUAGCGUUGGGGAUCUGCAGCAACUCAAGCGUUUCGGCAAUAUAAUCACAAGUGGUACACCGAUCACUUUGCUGCCACAGCACGACGGCACGGCUGCUGCUGCGGGUGGUAGAAAAGAUGAGCCGGCACACAUUUUCGGCAAUAUUAGCGGCAUUAGCGCCACGACUACGGUGCAUAUGGGACCGAGCGGUACCACCACCGUUGUCGAGUACAAAUCGAACGGUAAUAUACCGACACUACAGCCGAGACAACUACUUAGUGCUGCCGGUGUUGGCAAUGUCAGCAGUGGCACCACUAUAACGCCGACCAAUUUAAGCAGCAGCAACAACAAUAGUGCAAAUAAUAACAGCAAUAAUAUAAAUUCUAGCAACUAUGUGCCUUCUUCACCUUCUUCGACUCACAGCACCCAUUCAAUUGUAGCCAGCACACCCGCCUCCGCCGCUGCUUCAAAUCCUACCGCACUAUCUGUUUCUUAUUCGACGGCGCCAUCCACUCAGUUGAGCGUUGCCGGCGCCAAUAACGGUACGACAGUGCUUAGCCUGUCGAAGCAAUUGACAACGCUGCCGGGCGGUGUUGUUACGGUUACCAAUGGCAACGGCACGACUAACACAAUUUAUCAAGGACAACAACAGCAGCAGCAAAAGCAACAAACUGUCGCUAGUAACAACAACACAAGCAGCGGUAGCAGCGCCUCCAGCACCACACACCACCCGCACAAGAAAUAUUUGCGCGAAAAGAUGAACGUACUGGAUCAUGGCGGUGGUGGUAGCAGUAGUGGUGGCGGUGGUGGUGUUAUCACCAACACAACUGCCAACAAUGUCAACAGCACCAAUGGCGCUGUUAAUGCCGCAACUUCUAACAUAACCGUAGUUGCUUCGCCAGCUUCUUCGAGCAGUUCGUUUUCCUCGUCCGUCUCAGUGUCAUCCAAUUCAUCGUCCACGGCCGCCGUUAACGGUGGUAAUAGUCCAGUUUCUAAGUCAUUCUAUGCUGGCCCGGCCAACAACAGUCACAACACCAGUGCUGUUAACGGCAGCAGCAGCAGUAGCGGUGCCAUAAACUACUCCAGCACGGCGAAUACGACGCCGACAGUGAUGCUGGGCAGUGUGUCAGCAGUCGCCACAAAUAGCGUGCACACGAUCACCAGCUCGCCAGUGGCAGCGGGUGUGCCGCCCACAUACGCCAUAAUGCAGUACCAAAGUGUGGCUUCCUCCCCAAGCAUGUCGUCGCCAGAACCAAAUAAUUCCAAAGAAAUGUAUCCACUUAUUGCACCUCAGUUACAGCAACAACGCAACUCGAUGCGUUCACCCACCUCCUAUUCCAGCUAUGAUAAUGACUCUUUGAAAGAUUUCGAAAUAUCCACCAAUGGCUCAAGCGGCUUGAGCCGCAACAAUACCAGUACACCACAACAUCAAAUGCACCAGUCCACGCAAUCGCAGCAACUGUCGUCUUCAGGUUCAUCGGCAUCCUCGAAGAAUAGCCAUAACGGCAGCACUGGAGGCGGUGGUGGGUUAAAUGCCAACAGUGCCGUCACACCGCAAAAGCAAAAGCAUCCGAACAAUGUGCCGUACGAUCCGUUUGUGCACACACACAACAAACCGCCCUACAGUUUUAGUUCCUUAAUAUUCAUGGCCAUUGAAGGCUCAAACGAGAAAGCUUUGCCCGUUAAAGAGAUCUAUGCUUGGAUCAUGCAGCAUUUUCCGUAUUUCAAGACGGCGCCAGCCGGUUGGAAGAACAGUGUACGUCACAAUUUGUCCUUGAACAAGAGUUUUGUGAAAGUGGAGAAAGCGCCGAAUAUGGGCAAAGGCUCGCUUUGGCGCGUGGAACCGCAACAAAGACAAAAUCUCAUACAAGCGCUAAAUCGCUCGCCAUUCUUCCCCAACUCGGCCGUCGAUAAGUCGGCAUCGCUCAAGAGCCCUGGCGGCAAUGACUCACUGGUUGGCUACGACACAGUCGACAGUGUGGGCAGCAGCGGUGGCGGUGCCUGCAGUCCAGCGCCUAAAUCAAACAUAAAUCCGCGUAUUGAUCCGCGACUGUAUCCUAAAUUGUCAAAAGUCAUUGGUGGGCAGGAUGUGCCCGACGAAGACACUCCGUCCGACUAUAGUACAACAAAUCAUAAUAACAAUUUGAAUAAUCACAAUAGCAGCAGCAACAACAAAUAUAACACUUAUAAUAGCCCACCAGUGCAGCAGAAUGGUGUCAGUGGCGGUAGCACUUCUAUAUUGGGUCCUUUUAGCAGCUACGAAAGUAUCGAGCGCUUGGCACGCGACUGCGGCGCUGAUAGCAUAGACGAUGUAAACGCUGCAACGGCAAUGUUGGCGUUGAAACAUGGCCCUAAGGUGUUUGCAGAGACCUUCCAGAAUGGUGCGCCCGUUAUAACAUCAUCACCAAGUGAGGAUCACACCUACUCUGCUGGUGGCGCUGCAGGCGGUGGCACUGGUGUCAACAGCGGUUCAACAACACCAGUAGCCAAUAGCAAUGUGGCACCAUUAGCCUUGAAUGGCAAUACACAGUAUGCCGUUAAUGGUGCACAGCAGCAGCAAAAUGGUUGCAAUGUCGAUAAUCAAAGCAAUUACACUUCCUCCGAUGCGGCAUACGAGAGCAGCGAAGAUAACAAUAACAUCACGCCCGAAGAGCUGGAGGAUCAACGGCGUCAACGUGAGGGCGUCGAUGCAUUGCUCUCGCUUUCACGUUCCUCCGUUGUCGAAUCGCCAACAAAGCGACCGUCAUCGACCAGCGUCGAAGAAGAACACCUAACCGCCUGCCUUGAAAACAACAAAGUCAACAACAACAAUAAUAAUAGUCAUUUCACCAAUGGCAACGGUAAAAUGGCAUUACUUACCAGUGCGGUCGCCUACAGUCAACAACAGCAACAUCAUUUGUACGAGGACAGCAGCAGCUUUCAUUCGCCCAGCUAUUAUGGCACGGCACACAGUGGACCACACCAAUUGCAUCACCAUCUCGGCUUAGCCGGUGGCAGUGCACAGCGUAAAAUCAAACCCUUGCGUAGUCUGCGCACAAAAAUCAAGCGCAAAGCGCCAUGGAUGAGCAAGGCACGGUGAGCGACAGCUUUUGUGUGUAAGUGGAAAAAUGUAAAGAAAUAAGUAGUGCAGGAGUUGGGGGGGUUGUGAGGGCAAAGAAUGAGUUUAUGCUGGGCAUAUAAAGACUAUACAUAAAAUUAUGUAUGAAAUUUUAAAAAUUUACAAACAGUGCAUAUAUUUAGGCUUUGUGAAAAAACUACAAAAUAAUUUAAGUGUUAUACGUAAGCAACAAAAAGGCGAAGAUAAGAAGAGCAAUGCGUUUAACGUUCUGAUGGCCCUUAAGUUCAAUUUGAGUAGAAUUUGUUUGAUUUUCUCAAUUGAUUAAGACUAUUAUCAAUGACUGCUUUUUUACUUUAAAAUUUGCUUGGGUAACAAAAAUGAAAUUAAAGAAAUAUUUUUUUUUCUAACUGCAUAAAUAAAGUGCAACAAUAUGUACUAAAAUUCCGAAACAUUAAAAGGGCAACACGUUUCAAAAGCCACAAAUAUUCAGUAACUAAUUUUAAGCAAAUUUUUAGUAGAUAGCCGAUUGCACCGUCCUGACUUGCAGCCUUAGGCACACACACAUACACAUACCAGUUAAUUUAUCUUCAAACUAAGCCCCAACUCUACUUCACAUUUUUAUUUCCUAGUUACAAGCCAAGUGAAAAAUUCUAACUGAUUAAAAAAAAACGUUAAUGACCAAUGCAAAUACAUACUUUUUGGCGUUUGCCAAGUAAAGUUUUACGAAAAUGUGAAAAAACAUAAAUAUAUGUUUUUCAGACUGCGAAAUAAUUCGUUAGGUAGGCGGUAAUGCUUACAAUUAAAAUGAUUUGUGUUCGACGACGCCUAUUAAAUUCAAUUCAGCGCUUGCAACAGUAAAUUUUAUUUAAAACUUACUACUUUUACGUUAAUAAUUUCGAAUUUCAAACAACAUCUUUAGUACGCUUACAAAACUUGCAUUGAACGUAGCACCACUCGUGCUGAAUAUAAGUGAAAAUACAGAAAAAAUUUAAUACUCGCGCGCUUAAUAUCAAUUAAAAUGGCGAAAAUGUUAGUAAAAUAUUACACAGCGUGCCGAAUAACAAUUAAUACGCUUAACGUAUUAAUAAAUGUGGUACAUACAUAUGCUAAAAUCAUUGCUAAGCGCUUUAGAGUACGGGAUAAUUUAAUUUAAUAUUAAUUUAUUAUAAAGCGCGCUGAAUAUUAGUUAACAUAACAGAACUUGCUUUCAACGUUAUACCAAGUGCGUUAGUUAAGUUGACACUACUGUUAAAUGUUUUGUUGGCAUGCUGGAAAUGCUAACAAUUUAUCAUUAGGCGCGCUGUAUUUAAAUGAAUGUUUUCAAAUAAUGUUUUGUUUUAUAAAUUAUGUGAUUUAAAAAAAGUUUAUUGUGGCAGAAAUGUCAUUAACGUCCGCUAAACUUGCUGAAAAUUGCAAACAAGUUUUCAUGUAGUGCGCUGAAUACCUUUUCUUUGCAUAAAAAAUGUAAGCAAUACAAUAAUCAUGAUUAUUACCUUUAAAGCCUUUUAAAGGAGUUUGAAAUAUUUUUUUUUUGCACCGCGCUGAAUACCAUUUCAUUGCACCAAAGUUGUAAGCACUUACUGUUUCUAUAAUUGUGUGUAUUUCGCUUUCUGAAUUACCUUUAAAGUCUUCUAAUAUCUUUAAAUUAGUUAGUAUUUAUUUAUAAGUUACUCUGCUUCCAAUUUUAAAAUGUUAUCUCUUUUUCUGAUUUCUUAAAGAAAUUGCAAUGUUUUAUGCCAAACCAUAGUUUUAUGCAAAGUGCUACGCGAGUUGUUUUUUCGCACGCUAAAAAUAAUUAUUCUAAUAAUAUUAAAAUAAAAAAGAAUCGCAAAUUUGUUUGUUGAAAAUUUUUCAAUAAAUAAUUUUGCAUUUUAUAAAUAGCUUUUAAAAAGCUCAUACGAAACAUUUUAAGUUUCGAGUUUAAUUUUAUUGUAUUUAGUUUAAAAAGCAAAAACAAAAAGUGUAACGUUUAAUAAGAAAAAGUAGCAAAAGAAACUAGCAAAUCAAAAACACAAAAAUAUUUAAGUGCAUAUUAAAGUUUAGCAUUUAAGUUAGAAGGUAUAGAUACUAAACAAAAUAAGUAUGUUAUGAAAGGCGAGCAAAAUGCAACUUUAAAACGCAAAAUAAAUUCACUUCAAGUACCUUUUUAGCAAAAAGAAUAUAAUAUAAAAUAAUUAACUAAUUGCAAGUAUAAAAAAUAUUGAUUGCUCAGUUUGUAGCGGCUGAGUUGAGUUAAAAAAAAAAUAAUUAUAAAUUAAAUAUUUUUUAAUUGAAAGCUUUAUGCCGCCUUUUAAUUACCAAUUUAAUUGUUUACUAUUACACUAAUUGUUUAUAGCGUAUGAAAGUGAAAAGUGCAGCAAAUCAAAAUAUCAAAACCAAAACAAAAAAUGUGAAAAAACAAUUGAAAACAAAGUAACGGAAGAAAGUGUAGCAAAAGCAGCAAACUGUUAAACAAAAGCAAAUGUUAAAAGUGAAUAUUAUUUGUUAGAGCGUUACUAAGCGAGUGCGUGCGUUUGUAAGCGUUGCAACUACAACUACAAUUUACUUAAGCCUAUAGACAAAACAGUAGUCUUAAAGAUUAUAUACAUAUAUACAUGCUUACAUAUUAAUAUAGAGAAAUAUGUUAAGUGAUCAUAAAUGAUAAGUGGUCAUCAAUGAUAAAUGGCAAUAUUAAUUGUACGUUAAUAAUAAAACUAGCAUAAUAUAUAUAAAACACAAAUACAUAUAUACAUACACACUUAUAUACACAUACAUACCAUAUAAGCAUACACACAAACACAAUCCAAUUUUAGACAACUAUACGAAACUAGUGUAUAAUGACGCCUAAACACCUAAAUGUAGGCAAUAAAAAUGUUGAGUUUUUACUGUAUACAAAACACUUACUACAAACAUACAUAUGUACAUUGUACAUGGUGUGUAAUGCUAUAUAAGACAAACUAACAAACUUAAUGAUAUCAAAUGUGUGCAAAAAGUAACAAGCUAUCACAUACAUACAUAUAUACAUACUUAAGUAUGUAUGAAAGCAAGAAUGUCAAAAGUUGUAAAUAAUUACCAAAUGAGUCUACCGUAGACAACUGUAAAUGCUAUGUAUGUGUAAAGUUGUAAAAAAGCCGGACAAUCCAAAAAGAUAAAAAAAUGUUUGAAAAAAAAAACAGAAAAAAUUAUGAAAAACCACGAGUUCUUAUACAAAUUGAUAGCGAAAAGCAGCCGCUUAUUCCACGUGCUAUUUCAAAAUUAAUCUUAAAAAUUGAAAAACAAAAAAAAAAAACAAAAGAAAAACAUUGAAAAUUCUAAAAACCAAAACCCAACUAUCAACACUCAAUGUGUUAAGGCGCCAACGCUCGCAAUUGGUUGGACUUGCUGGUAUAUUUUAUAAAUGUAGUGAAUCAGCAGUGGACUUACUGACCUAAUAUAUAGAUUUAGUAAAUCAAUUUAUACUUUUAGUUCAAUAAAAUUGUUUUUUGAAAAAAAAAAAAUUACACAAUUUAUGUUUUUUUUUACAGAAAUUAUAUAUUUCUUUUUUACUAAAACAUUACUGUGUGAAAAUGUAACAUUUGAAUAUGUGUGAAUCUGUUCUAUAAUCGUUUGCUGCUUAAUGUAUGUACAUAAAUAUGUAUGUAAUUAUGUAAACAUGCUAAAAUUUGUAACGUUUUUGAAGUUGUUAAAACGUGUUUAAAAUGUGCUUACAAAUAUUUUGAAACUUUUUUUUAAUUUUUCGAAAAUUUCAAAAAUUUUGAAAGUGCAAGUAGUGUCACGAAAAUGAGUUUUAACGCAAUCGUCCGCAAUUCAGCGCGCGCUGAAUGAGCUUAAAAAAGUUGAAAAUGUAGUUAUACAAUAUAUGUACAUAUAUGUAUAUAUGGUAUUGUCGUGGACUUACAAUUGUAUGAUUUCUCACCAAAAAUAGCAGAAAGUGCAAGUAGUGACCGGCAACGUCAAGAAAAUGAGUUCUAACGCAAUUGGUUCACUGUUUAAAAUGUAGUUACACAAGUUCGCGUAAGAUGUACAGCAUUUUUGAGGAAUUCAAGUGAUUAAAAUAUUAUCGAUAAUAAGAUAAAGUAGAAAAAACGUUUUCAUUGCUGUUUAUGGUAAUAAUUGCUCACAUAAAGUUUGCGUUAGAAGCGGUUGUUAAAGUGUGUCUUAAAUUUCAAGCAAAUUUUUCUAAACCUUCGAUAACAAUAUUAUACAAAUUGCGGUAAAAUUCUUUAUUUAAUGAAAAUAGAUCUAAUUUUUUAUUUCGAUUUCCAUUUCUACAUUCGAGCACAGCGCCUUAACCUAAACAUGUACUACUACAAAACAACAAUUCUUAAGCCUACUCAAUUAAGCCUUACUUAAAUUUAGUGCUACUCUAAAUAUUUGAUUUUCAUUUUUAUACACAAAAGUGAAUAUACAUACAUAUGUAUGUAGUUAUAUAUGUACAAUAAAAACAUGUUUUUUAUAAUUAAGACUUAGAUAAAGAUUUUAUUUUAACGGUAAACCGAAAAAACAUCAAAUAUUUAAGGCCUACUAAAGAAAAACUGCAUGGUUGCAUAAUAAUUUUAGAAUUGAAUUAGUUUUCGUAAGCGUUGCCAAAACUUUUUGAAACUUUUCUAUGAAAAAUUUGCCACAAACUUAUUUUAAAGAAAAUCAAUGUAUUUUUUAAGUGUUAUAACUUUGUGUACAAGUUUAACAAAUGAAAGCUUUUGCCACAAAUGAAAUUUCAACUCUUAAAUCCCUGCAACCAUGCCAGCGAAUACUUACGUGUAUGUAUGUAUAUUUUUUAAACUUAAGGUGAUGAUCUUAAAAUUCAACCACAAAAUACUUAUUUUGUAACUUUACCAACACUUAAUGAUAAAAAAAUUCAAAACUUUAUAAGAAAAUUUGAGAAUCUAAAUGGAAAAUUCUGAACUAAAGGAAAGUGCCUAUAUACAUAUUUAUGUCAUUAUUAUUAAUUAAAAUUAUAUUAUAUUGUGAAAUAACUCAACUUUAAAUGAAAUGCAAAUGCAACAACAACAUAAAACCCAAAACAAUUUAUACAUACUUACGUACAUACAUACCUACAACAUUAAUAUACAUAUAUAUUUAAAUAAUAUUAUUCUACAUACAAUUUCAAUUGCAAAUUGAAACAAACAAACAAACAUACAUACAUACCUAUUUCAUACAAAUUUAUGUAAGCGAUCAAUUUAAGCGUUUUAGUAAUAUUAAAUGUUUAUGUCGAUAAAUAUUUUCGGACAAUUGAAAAAUUAAUAUGAAACAAUUAAACUAUAAAUCGUAAAGAAACAAAAAAAGAAAUUUGCUAAACUUAGCGCACCAAAAACAACAACAUAAAAACAUUGGUAAUUUUGGCAUGUAGCGCAAUGCGUAAACUUAGUAUGAGAAAUACGAAACAAUUUAAAUUUCGAAACGCAAAUAACAGUAGUUUGAUAGCAAGUAAAUUAAAUGGCAAAAAAAUGACAUACUUAUAUACAAAUGAAAUGAGUGUAAACAGACAGUCCACUGAAAUGUUAGAAGAGUUGAAACAAAAAGUUAUCCUGUCUUAUCAAUAUUUAUUCUUUGUGAAAGAAGCAAAUGAAAGUGCAAAGCCCAUAAUUUUUAAUAAUUAGUAAAAGUUUAUGAAAAAUAUGCCACGCUUUAUACUUCCACACACAUUUCUGUCAUUUAUUUGGUGUUACCAAUUGGUAAAAGCCUUUGUUUUUAUGUGUUAAAGAAAUUGUUAUUGUUAAACCUGUGAAAUUCUGCGCUAUUGGAUUUUUAAUUUUUGAACCCAAAUAAUUUUUACGUCUUAAACGAAUUUCUACACUCAUAAAUUAUUAUUCUUUCGCUUCUCUGCAAAUAUUGUAAUUUUAGUGUAAAUUGAAAUAUUUAUUAGUUUUUUUAAUGUCAAAAAAUUCUUAAAAUAUUCAUUAUGGCUAUUAAGUAUUUGCAAAAGUUUGAAUUGUUUCUAAUUUCUUAAAACUUUUUUAAUUACUUUGUUUUAAAAUCAAAAUUUUUUUCAUUCAAUUUUUUAUCAAAUUUUUGGUAUUUUCUUUUUAAUUUUGUUUAAUUUUGUUUAAUUUUCUUUUUAAUUUUUUUUAGUUUGUUGUUUUUGAUUACUUUUUUUUAUUUUUUAAGUUUUUUCGUACUUAAUUAAUUUAUUUUUUAUGUGUUCUUAUUUUUUUUUAUAUUUUGUUUACAUAGUUUUUUGUUUUAAUAAGUGACCUCUUUAAUUAAAAAAAAACAGGUUUUCCAAAUCAAAUUUAAAAAAUAUCAUCUGCUACUUGCCUAUAUCAAAAUCUUUAUGUAAGAAAACGCCAUGAAUUUGUAAUUGAAUUUCCAAAAAAAAAAAUCCAAACGUAUCCAAAUAGUAAGCGAGCUAUGUAACUAGAACUAUGACUAAAAAUGGUUUCCUAAUGCUAAUGAAUAUUAUCAGGACCGACCGAACUUCAGUAAUACAAAACAAAAAAAAAACUAUUUAAAGAAAUAUUUAAAAAUAAUUAUAAUAUAAAAAGAAAAGUGAAAUGCCAGGCUUUCAUAACAUAAUGCUAAUAACUACAAUAGAAAAUACACAAAAUGCAAACAAAUAAGCAAAGAAACAUACCAACAAUUCCCUUUGAGUACACUUGAGAACGUAUCAGCAUAUAAUAUUAAACUAAUAAAACAAAUUUAAAAGUAGUUGAUAAAAAUUAUGCUACUCUGAAAAUAAAAAAGUAUAACUGCAAGAAUUUGCUAAAGAUUUGUAAAGAUUUAUAGCUAAAAGUUUAAUCAUGACUGAGUAAAGUAAUAUAUACAUAUAUAAAUAUAUGUGUGAAAGAAUCAAAGAAUGAAUCAAAAGAUCGGAGAAUUAUCAGAAUUAAGCAAAUAUUUAACUUAGCAAAACUGUAUUUAAUUAAAAGAAACGUAAUUAUUUCAAAAGCCAAUAAAAUGCAGCAGCUUUAAAGAUAUUCCAAGCUUUCAUACACAAAAAGUUAUUAUAACAAUUGAAUUGUGUUAACGCUGCUUAUAUCAAAAUUUAUUGAAACAAUUUAUUUUCUGUGCAACUGUUGCUCAAUAUUAAAAGCUAUGAAUUUGCUAUAUUAUUUGCAUUAGCAGUUAUUAAAAACAAGAAAAUUGUUAAAUAAACGAAAAAGUUAUUAAUUCGAAUGUAAACAGUUAUCGAUUUAAAAGAAAUAUCGAUAUGGAAAUGCCUGCUUGCUAUGGCACAAUAGCAAUCAGCUGCUUAAAUGUAAAUAAAGCCAUGUGCUCAGUUAAAAUUAUAGUCAAGCAAAAGUUUAGCUAACCACUCUUACGAUUUUAAAUAUUUUUUUGUUUAUUUAAUGAAUUAUUAUAUUUAAGAGGUGAAGCAGUGAUGCAGAAGGUAUAAACCUGAGAAGCAAAGAAAACACCACACAAAUGUAAGCGAAUGUAUGUAAGUUAGGAGCCCGCCAAUCUCCAUGGCAGAGUAUAGGACUCGUAAUGAAAAUGGAAAACCAAAAUAAAUGGCUAGAAAUGUAAUAAGUAUAAAAUAAUAAUGUAAACAAAUGAUACUGAAAAUUAGCGAAAAUUAUAAAUUUAUUAAACAAAAGAAAAAACACAAAAACUUAGCAAAUGACAGAAAAGUAGGUAUAAAAAAUAUUAAAAAACAAAAAGAAUAAUAAACACGUAAAAAAGUAUAAGGAUAAGUAUAAGGAAAAAAUAUCACAGAUAUUUUUAGUGCAAUAUAUAAAUAUAUAUACAUACAUAUAUAUAUAUAUGAAAAAAACUAUAUUAUAUUAUAUUUGAGAAAUUUAAAAUAA